AUGUCUGAUCCCUACCAGCACUUCCUCUCUUCCAUGUCCGCGGCGGGGCCGCAACAAGUCGUCAAAUCCCAGGAAAUGCGGCCACUAACUCCCCAGGGAGCCUACACACCUGCUGAAGGACCUUUGCUGGACGAGUUGAACCCCCAGCCUUCUGUCUACUUCCAAGAUGCCAAGCCCGGCGACUCGAAAACAACAGCAAGCCGGAAAAAGCCAAGUCUGACCAACCCUGCCGUGGACGCUGUCAAACACCGGCGCACUCGUUCUGGUUGUUUCACGUGCAGAGGUCGGCGUGUCAAGAAGGAAUCAACUGUCAAGUGGGAAAAAACCAGCUCCUUGUCAUCUGGCGGAGACUAUGAAGAACAGCAGGAUGAGCAACCUACGCAGGGAUUAUACGGUUCCUCCGAAUCGAGAUCUGAUGCAAACGGAGGAAGCGCACCCAACGGUCGAGCCUCGACCUGUACAGUCACGCCAAGCAACCAAAUUUCCACUCCCGGCAUUGGGCCCCAGGCAUUAUCGCAAGAUGACAAUCGCUCUUCACCCUCAAGCUCGACAGGGACCUCAACUAUAUUCGCCACGGUCCCGUAUGACCCACUGGAGUUUCCAACAGCAGCCGAUGGAAAACCAGACUUCAGUCAUCUCCCACCAGACUACCAAAGGCACCUGGCUUGGUACGAUGAGAAUGUGACAUAUCACCAUUACGGUCUACCCCAUGAUCUAGAAGGCUUCUUCUCCAUCAUCCUUCCUAGGAUGGCGCUGCAAAACGAAGCACUCCUCAACGCCGUGGUUGGAUUCUCCGCAUAUCAAACGACAGUGCAAAAUCCAAAUGGGAAGCUCCAAGACUUCUUGACCUACUAUAACAAGGCAGUUCAGAUCCUCCUCGAGAUUCUGAGGAAAAGGGAGAAGCAUGGGGUCACUACCCUGGUGGCAAUUCUUCAGAUCGCCCAAAUCGAGGAGUAUCUAGGCGAUUGGGUAAAUAUCAUGGGCCAUCAAAGAGCGGCUCAUGAGAUGUUUACGAGUUUAUUUACCCCGGAGAACUCCAUGGAGACACCGGUUGGGCGGAUGUGUCUCAGCUGGUACGCUCGGUUCGAUGCCUACAUUUGCUUCAGGGCCUCGUUCCCCAGCGGCCUAUGCGCCGAGUACUUUGAGGCCAUGGGGGCCUAUUAUCGGAAGCAAUUAAAGCUGUGGCCGGGUGAUCUUGGUCUGCUGAUAGCGGACAGAAAUGCAAGUUUGCGCUGGAUUUCGAGAUCGCAGACAGUUCUCUACGCUCGGCGAAAUCGUGGCCAGAUCUCGCAGGAAGACUUCAUCAAGGAACAUGAGCGGCACACGCAACUUCUCCAACAUAGCCGGGAUAAUUGGGACUCACGCCUCAGCGAUCCGGCGUAUCUCGUGACGGAUUUCGAGGGCAGGCAACCCGACCCCGACGAUAUUGGAAACCCCUACGAACCAGGCAUUGUAUUCAAGCCGCCUUUGUUCACCACGACCUUGGCAGUCUCCGAGUGGCACGCAGUUAUGAUAAUGCAUCUGGUCUACAUGCUGCCGAUAAGACCACGGGAAACACUUGCGCAGAUAUCGGGACAUGCCCAGGUUGUGUGCCGGUACUUUAGCGCGAUGAAACGCUGGCCACAUUGCCCAAAGGGAUACCUGCUACAGCAGCAUGCAGUCAUGCAGGCGGCAGCUCCUUUCUUACCCAAAGAUGAGAAGCACUCAAUGUGGAUUCGCAGGCAGUCGGCAUUCUGCGAGAGCAAGGGAUUCAUACGGCCUUAUACACAGCGUGUAAAGAUGGCCGGAUUCCUCCGGGACCCGUCUUGCGUCAAGUGGUGGCUCCCGAACGAGGAAGGAUUCACGCCGAUUCUCCGACGUCUCCGCGAAUUUUCCGAAGAGCGCAAUGCCAUCGCGCUGACGGCCCAGCAGGAGAGCGUCAAAGAAGUCCCCCACUUCUCUGAUGAAGUGGCCAAGCUGUCACUUGAGGACUAG